AUGGACGUAAGCUUUGCGGUCGAGGCUGGGUCGGUCGAGGUCGCGACGAUCCCGCGCAAGGUGUGGCGCCAGCCGCCGCCGUCCGCGCGGGCGCCUGCGAUCCCCGACUUCUCGCAGCCGUGGCGGGUGCUCCGCGCGAAGAAGGCGUCCGAGCGCGGAACGCUUCGGGUCGACACGGAGGCAAGCGCGCCCGACGCGUCGAAAGACCUGCUGCACUGGUACGAGCCCAACUUUGCGCCGAGCGCGCCGCUCUUCUCGUCCGAGAUGCACGAGCCAGCGUGCUUUCGCGACGCGACGGCCAUCGACGGCGCGACGGCGUUCAAGGUUACGUGCAACCUCGCCUUCGGUCUGGGCAAUGUGGAGCCCAUCUCGUGCCGCUUGACGCUCUUCGACGUGAGCCUCGGCUGCCGCGUCAGCGAGGACUAUUGCUUUGACGCGAAUGCGCCGCCGACGCUCAAUAUGGCACUGGGCAACGUUCGCAGCGCUCUCUUCUACGCCAUGCCCAAUCAGUACACGCAAAAUCUCUACCUGGUGCUACGCGCGUCCAAGGUGCUGCAGGGCGAUGGCGAGAUCGCGACAGCGCCCUACUGCCAGCCCGAAAAGUUUGCGUGCGACGCUGAGCAGUCCAAGCUAAUCGAGAAAGCUGCCGAAGCGAGUGCCCGGUUGGGCAAAGUCCAUCAAAGCUUGGCGUGGGGCGCGAUUUCGGUCUCGGAAGGGACGCGCCACAUGGUUUUGUACCGGCAAAAGGCCAGCAUGAGCGACGACCAACGCCUUGCCGUGCUCGUCGACGCGUCCAAGGGAACGUACAAGUGCGUCUAG